AUGGCCUCCCGAUCUGCCGGGCUCUUCCUCGCCCUCCUGCUCCUGGCCGUCGUCGCGGCCUCCGCUGCCGCCGCCGGGGGCGCGAAGUGGCGGGAGGAGCAGGCGCGGGAUCGGGUGCCGCGGGUGCCGGGGCAGGCCUUCAACACCAGCUUCGCGCAGUACGCCGGGUACGUCACCGUCAGCGAGCAGCGCGGCGCCGCGCUCUUCUACUGGUUCUUCGAGGCCGAGAAGGACCCGGCGUCCAAGCCCCUCGUGCUCUGGCUCAACGGAGGGCCUGGAUGCUCGUCCAUUGCUUUUGGACUCGGAGAAGAAGUAGGACCUUUCCAUGUUAAUGCAGAUGGGAAGGGGGUGCAUGUCAAUCCUUAUUCUUGGAACAGAGUUGCAAAUUUACUGUUCCUUGAUUCACCUGUUGGUGUUGGUUACUCAUAUUCAAACACCUCUGAUGAUGCUUUAAAAAAUGGGGAUGCGAGAACUGCCACGGAUUCAUUGGCGUUCUUACUGAAGUGGCUUGAACGCUUUCCUCAGUACAAGGAACGUGAAUUUUAUUUGACAGGAGAGAGUUAUGCUGGUCACUAUGUUCCUCAACUGGCUCAAGCCAUAAAAAGGCACCAUGAGGCUACUGGUGACAAAUCAAUUAAUCUAAAGGGCUACAUGGUAGGAAAUGCUCUCACUGAUGAUUUCCAUGACCACUAUGGAAUAUUUCAAUUCAUGUGGACUACUGGCCUGAUCUCUGAUCAAACAUACAAGCUGCUGAAUGUUUUCUGUGACUACGAGUCCUUUGUGCAUUCCUCUCCACAGUGUGAUAAGAUUCUUGAUAUUGCUAGCACUGAAGCUGGAAACAUUGAUUCAUAUAGCAUCUUCACACCUACAUGCCAUGCAUCUUUUGCCUCCUCAAAGAACAAAGUGAUGAAAAGGCUACGUUCUGCUGGAAAAAUGGCAGAGCAGUAUGAUCCAUGCACUGAGAAGCAUUCAAUUGUAUACUUCAAUCUAGCUGAGGUUCAGAAGGCACUUCAUGUUAAUCCAGUCAUUGGAAAAUCAAAUUGGGAGACCUGCAGUGAAGCUGUUAAUACUCAUUGGGGGGACUGCGAAAGAUCUGUGCUGCAUAUCUAUCAGGAACUUAUACAGUAUGGCCUUCGUAUAUGGGUGUUCAGUGGAGAUACAGAUGCAGUGAUUCCAGUGACUUCAACUAGAUACAGUAUCGAUGCUCUCAAGCUUCCAACAAUAACUCCAUGGCAUGCUUGGUACGACGACGACGGCGAGGUCGGUGGAUGGACUCAAGGGUACAAGGGACUCAAUUUUGUGACCGUGAGGGGAGCAGGUCAUGAAGUUCCUCUUCAUCGACCCAAACAGGCUCUCACACUAAUCAAAUCAUUCUUGGCUGGGAGCCCAAUGCCUGUGCAAUCCAGUACACACAGCGACAUGUAA